UUACCCCGAGCAGCCUCCGUUGGGCCGUGUUGUCGUGAGUAAUAUGCGGUAAGGCGCAGACAUGGACUUCUACAUCAACCUGAAGGUGAAUUUCAGAGGAAAUUCCAAAAAUUUCCUUCUGUCGGGAUCCGAAACCAAGAGCUGGGAGUCGAUGGAGGCCAUGGUGAAGCGUUCCUUUGGCCUGUGCAGUCUCCAGCUGACAUAUUUCGAUGAGGAGAACGAGGAGGUGUCCAUUAACAGCCAAGCUGACUAUGAGGAGGCGUUGAAGAGUGCAGCGAGGCAGGGCAACCGGCUCCAUAUGAACGUGUACGAGACCCGGGGCCAGCCGGCGAGGGUCCCCACCACCAAGGCCAGCAGCACGGAGCCAAAGAGGGGCUUCAGACCCCCCCAGCACUGCCCCGCUCUGACCCAGGUGGUCAGCCGCAAAGUGCAGGCUGCGGUGCCGGAGCAGGGCAUGAUGAUCCUGAAAGAAGUGAAGGGAACCAAAGAAGAAGACAAGACCCCCCCAGCCUGGUUCACCUUGUACAUGGAGAAGUUUAAGGACCAGGUGGUGCGCGAGGCAGUGGAGAAGAUCUGCCGUGAGUUCUCGGGACAGUGCUGCAUUCACAAGCCCCUGGGAGGGGGGGCAGGAGGUGGGGGAGGUAGAGGGGAGGCUGCAGGGGGAGUGGAGGCCCAGCAGGUCCCUGAGGUCUCCUCCUCCACCCUGCCCGGAGCUCCAUCCUCCUCCACCCCUCCCUGCUCCUCCUGCCGGGGGCAGACCACCGGAGGGGGCUACCAGUGCAGUGUGUGUACCUCGUGCACUCUGUGCGAGCCCUGCAGCUUCGCUCAUGACCCCAGUCACAACCUGGUGAGAGCCCGGACCCCUCUGUCCAUCCCAGAGCACGGAUCCCCCGCUCCGGACCACAGCAGGUUCUACCGGCGAGGCGACCGCAGUUUCAGAAAGGCAGAAAAGCAACGUCUGAAGGCGGAGAAGCGCCUGCUGAAGGCCGAGGUCAAAGAGAUCCGGAAACAGCUGAGGAUGGAGAGGCGGGGCAUACAGUGGAGCUCGUCCCACCGCGAGGGAAGCUCCUCCCCCGUCCUCCUUCAGCCUCGGGCCACUCAGCACAGCAGCCCCGAGCGUCCAAAGCGUCCCUGUCCCCUGGUGGUUCCUACCAUGACAGCCACUUUUCUGGAUGAGAACCUUCCCGAUGGAACCAGACUGCGACCACGGUCAAAGUUUAUCAAGUACUGGAAGAUGAGGAACACUGGGACAAUCAGCUGGAACGCUGAUACGAAGCUGAAGUUCAUGUGGGGGAACCUGGCGGUGGGUUCUGGGGAUCGUUGGAGAGAAGUGUCCGUCCCCUUCCUCCAGCCAGGACAGGUUGGUAUAGUGAGUGUAGCGCUGUGUGCCCCCGGGGUGGAGGGCUCCUACACCUCCCACUGGCGUCUGGCCCACGGCGGAGAGCAGUUUGGCCCCAGGGUGUGGUGCAGCAUCGUGGUGGACCCUCUGGCCCCGGCCCCCAUGAUGGCUGACGGGAUCCUGGUGUCCCCCUGUGUCACCCCGCAGGGUAAGAACCCGGCGGCAAAGGAUGGGAAGGCCUGUGCCGCUCCAGAGCAACCGUUGAUGACCGUGGACCAAGAGGAGUACUACACCCCCUCUGUGGACCUGCUCACUGCUCAGGAUCUGCUGUCUUUUGAGCUGUUGGACAUCAACAUCGUGCAGGAGCUGGAGAGUGUCCCCAACAACACACCUGCUGACAUGACCCCAUGCAUGUCCCCUCUGCCUCAAGAUGGCCACCUGCAGGACAAAAGCAGUCCCUCUCUGGGUCUCAUCCAGGAAGAGACUGAAGUCAUCAAUAGCAUUAUGGAUGUCCCUCAUGGGGCGGGAUCCGGAGCAGAGGGGGGAGGAGUCCCGGCUCAGGAGGAAGGGGAGGAUGACAUCAGCGGGACUCAGUUUGUUUGUGAGACUGUGAUUCGCUCAAUGACCCUGGAGGAGGCCCCCGACCACGCCCCUCUGAGAGGGCCCCGCCAGGGGACCGGUAAAGUGCUGCGUCCUGCUGCUCAGGGAGGCUCCUCCUCCUCCUCCUCUUCCUCUUCCUCCUCCUGUGUGAAGAGUAAAACAGGGAGGACAGAGGAGAGCGCAGACAGCAGCCCCAGCACCUCUAACCCCCCACUGUUGGGCCCCUCCACGCUGAAGGCUUCCCUCCCUCCCCCUAUCAAAGCCUCGCUGCCUGCUCCCCUGGUUGUGGCCCCGGCUCCAGGACCCAGCUCAGCACCGACCCCACUCCUUGCUCCUCCCAGGGCCUCCACCCUGCACACAGCCACAGCUGAAGCUGCGGAGGCCGACAUGGAGUCCAGGGUGAAGGAGAGAGAGAAGGGGUCGGAGGAGGAGAAGGAGAAAAGAGAGGAGAAGAGAGAGGGCAGGAGGAGCCGCUCCUCCUCUACCUCCUCAGAGGACUACAUCAUCAUCCUCCCUGACUGCUUCGACACCAGCCGGCCCCUGGGGGAGUCCAUGUACAGUUCAGCCUUGUCCCAGCCUGGUGACAUCCCAGCUAAGACCCCCACAGACCCAGAAACUCCAUCGCCCGACCAACCGGGCCCCCCCGCCCCAGAGGGGGAGCAGGGGGGGCUAGGGGAGGCAGUGUCGGGGAACAGCAGCGCCAACGACAUGCUCUGCACGUCCCAGACGCUGGACGACGAGCCGCUGACGCCUGAAGUGGUGGCACCCCCCCUGACCACCGUCACCCCGAGUCCGGAGAGCAGUGGAGAGAGAGAUGCUGAGCCAGCUGCUGCUGAGGGAGGAGCAGACGGCUCUGAACUGUACCGAACUGAGGGCGCAUCCGGUCCUGAACAGACUGAUGAUACUGAAGCUACUGGAGACACCGAGGAGGACAACCCUGAGGACCCCAGGCACCCAGGCAUCACCAGCGGCCUGGUGAAGGGAGCGCUGUCCGUCGCUGCCUCUGCCUACAAAGCUCUGUUCACUGGACAAGGCCCCACACAGCCUCCUGUGGAUGCGAACACCCAGGAAACCAUGAUGGCCGUGCUGGUGGAGAUGGGUUUCGGGGACAGGCCACUGAACCAGCGGCUGUUAAAGAAAUACAACUUCGUCCUGCUGGACGUGGUGAACGAGCUGGUGCAGAUGACUGACAAUGACUGGUACUCUACACGCUACUGACAGGAGAGAGAGAGGAAGAGGAGAGGAGAUGACACCAGAAAUGAUGGAUGAAGAGAGAUUAGAGGAAAGACUGGAGGAGAGGAUUUAUUUCUGCUCAUCUCCCUUUUUGCCUUCCUCUUUCUACACAUCUCUCUUCUGAUUGGUCCAGUUGGAGACAUUCCAGCAAACUCUCUGGGAUAUCGUAGGGCAUCAAACACUGUCUGUGCAGAUAUGUUUAUCUUAGGCUGCUUUGCACUGGAGUUUUAGAGAUAAGAGAUGUGUUCUUUCAAAGGAGCUAUGUGUAGCAUUUAGUAUUUCUUAAAAUCAAGCCCACCUUUCCCAUGAGCCUCACUGCAGCCUGCAACGAAACCAUUGGUCUAUUUGUUUUGAAAAGCAACCAGAACUACAAAGUUGGUAAAAGCCUUCAGGAGCAUAAAAGAUGUACUUUAAUGUGACACAGUAUACUAACAGGUUCAAAUAUGAAACAGUUCCAACCCCAUGCUGUAAAGUAUUGUAACAGAUUUUAGAUUAAAUCUAAGAUGCAAUUUAGCGGUAAAUAUUCCCAAAUUGUUCAUUAGAAUGCUACACAUAGCAUAUUCCUGCUUUGCCCUUUUACCUGGGACAUUGAUGAAGUACAAAGCAGAGAGAUAACCCUUGGUGUGGAUGUUCACAGCACGGUUCCUUUGGUACCAGUAGUCACAUGAUAGAUGGUCACAGACUGAAUAUCACACCAAACAGCUCAGAGCACUGAUCUACUUCCUUUAACAAUGUGCUGUGUUAACAUGGUGGCUCAUGUGUUGGGUACCUUCUCUAAAAUGCUAACAGGUCGGAUAAGUUGCUUUUUUGCCAACAUUCAACAUCGUCUUUAUGUCACAUUUAUUUGUUUACGUUGUGCAAAAUCCAGAGUCACCAAUGUAUAUUUUCCAAGGAUAAAUUGGACCUUAUCUGCCAUAGAGUUAAUGAAAUAAAUAACCUGGUUCCGGGCAACACAACACUAGGUCCACGUUGCUUAAAGGGGACCUAUCAUGCAAAAUGCACUUUUGUACGUCUUUUAUACAUG